CAAGCGUCUUUUAAUCAUCCGAACCAAGGAUCUAUUGUUUGCAAUGUGGGAAUAUGUCUAGAUGAUGAAAGAGAGAUGGCACAAAUUCAGAAAAGAGUUUCGCAAUCAUCUUCACUGAAUCAUGAAAAAAAAGAAAAGAAAAUAUUCCAUCUUACUUGUUAAAACUAGAAAUAAAUGGAAGUCAGUCUAGUAUAAAGGAAGAAAAAGACUCAAAGCAUGCAUUAGCUACUAUAUUCAAAACUAAAGAUUAAGACUCAACAAAUAUGGUACAACACUUCUUGUACUGAGAUAUAUGUGUCAAGUGAAGUGAAAUGCAAAUCAGAGGAGCAAAUAUGAUACAAAAACAAAUUAUAUGACUGAUAAGUCAUCAAUAAGUAGAUCAGAGGGUUGUAUAACAUGCAGGUAACAAAUGUUGUUAAAAUCACAUCCAUGAGAAACAACACACACACUAAAGCCAUGCUUAUUUUUAGUACAUUUGCUCUUGAUGCCAGAGGAUUUAAAGUCACUAAAUGUGGUAAAUCCUCAGCAGAACACCAGACACACUCACCUGAUCGUGAAGCUGGUCCUCUGAGCAGAGAUCUGGACAUAAACACUCAAGACGGACAUUUAUACAGUUCCAGCAUGAAGCCCAGGAGGCUGCUGACCUCUGUGGAUCUCCUCCCUACGAUUCAAGAGCUCCAGGAGAGUGAGCUUCAGCAGAGUCUGGAUGACUACAUAGACUCCGUACGAGAGCUGUCCCAACCGACCUACCCUCUCAGCGGGCCCCUCCAGGGCUCCCGUCUGUCCCUGCUACGCAUGGCCAAAUACCCCAGCAUGUCAUUGGCCACCUCCAGUUCUGUCCUGGCACACAAGCCCUGGGCUCUCAGUGGACCUGACAACAUAUCACUAACUUUGACAGACUCAAAGGGCCCGGCGAGUUCAAACCAGGACCCUCUGGACUGGCUGUUUGCACAAGUGCAACUCAUUCAGACCAGCCCGGAAGACGUGUGCAUGAUAUGAUGAGUUGUAGUCACAGCCUCAUGAAUGUCCUGCAGUAAUCAUAAAGGUUGUCUGUUGUCUAUUUUAAAUCUUGUUUAUGUGUAUAACCACACGUUUGUAAAGAACAGUGCAAAAGGUGAUUGUCUUCAUUGUUUUCUGUAAAGACAAGACAUUAAAAAUGCUAUGUUUAUUUGCAAAGGCCAGCAUAUUUAUCCACUAACCAUUCAGAAACGUCCAG